AUGAUCUUCAAGCGUCUCUUAGCUGGCGCGGCUGCCUUGAUCGGCUCCGUUGCCGCCUACGCCAACCCCGGGUCCUGCUCCGGUGCGUGCUGGGCUCACGACCCGGCCGUCAUCCAGCGCACGAGCGACGGCGUAUAUUUCCGCUUCAACACGGGCAGCAAAAUCGGCAUCUGGAAGUCCAGUGCGCUGGAAGGUCCCUGGACCUACCAAGGUGCUGCUAUCCCGGCCGGCAGCAGUAUCGAUCUGGAUGGUAACGAUGAUCUAUGGGCACCGGAUGUUCACAAGGUCGGCGAUACCUACAUCCUUUACUACGCCGUCUCAACCUUUGGUUCGCAGAACUCGGCUAUCGGAUACGCAACAUCCACAACCCUAGAAUACGGCUCCUGGACCGAUCACGGCGCGACGGGCAUCUCCUCCUCAUCAUCCAAGGCCUACAACGCCAUCGACCCGAACCUGGUCGCCGUGGGCUCGAGCUACUACAUGAACUUCGGGUCCUUCUGGGGGGACAUCUACCAGGCGCCAAUGGCGUCCAACGCGCACACGGCGGCCUCGUCCUCGUACCAGAUCGAGUACCAGCCCUCGGGGAGCCACGCGUCCGAGGGCGCCUUCAUGUACUACCGGUCCGGGUACUACUACCUGUUCUGGAGCGAGGGCAUCUGCUGCGGGUACGACACGAGCAAGCCGGCGACCGGCGCCGAGUACAAGAUCCGCGUGUGCCGCAGCACGAGCGCCACCAGCGGCUUCGUCGACGCCUCCGGCACCAGCUGCACCAGCGGCGGCGGCACCACCGUCCUCGCCAGCCACGACUAUGUAUACGGGCCGGGCGGCCAGGGCGUCUUUGCCGACAGCACACACGGCACUGUGCUCUACUACCACUAUGCAAACACAAACGUUGGCCUGGGCGAUGCGGACUAUAUCUUUGGUUGGAACGUGGUCAGUUGGUCUGGUGGUUGGCCGACUGUCUAA